AUGCGCAACAUAAUCAAGUUUCAGGUGAAGGGGAAUGAUGAUCAAGUUAUUAAAAAAAACCUCGAAGGUGAUGCACUGAAAUCUAAACAAAUCAAAGAUCCUGAAUAUAGAGAAGAAGACCCUCUACAGGAGCUUCAUGAUGCAUCAGAAGCAGCGUAUCAGAAAUAUGGAGAGGCUCAGAAAAGAUACGAAGAUGCUAAACAAGUAGUGAAAGGCUCUAGCUCCAAGGCAGCACGAUCAGCUCUGAAGGCUGCUCAAUCCGCAUUUAAGGCUACCAAAUCGGUGUACGAAAUCAAAGCUAAAGCAUACGCAACUAAGCGAAAUGGUGGAAAGCUCACUGGGAGAGGUCUCAUGGGCGCUGGCGUUAAGCCGCUUGAAGGGGUAGUGCGUCGGGGCCGAACCUACAACCUCAAUGAGAUCAUUCAAGGUCUUGCUACUCCAUCGGCAUAUACUUAUCGUCAGCUCGGAAGUAAGUAUAUUCGUAUCCCUGAUCUCGACUCUAAGACUCUCGUAAUCGUUCAGCCUAACAGACGGAAAUGCGGUCCAAAGCGAGCCAUUAGCGAACAGCUCAAAACAAUGAUUCGAUCGCUUACGUUCAAGCAGCAUAUUGAUCAAGCGGCGUAUGACAAGCUCGAUAUUGAUGAUAAGAAGCUUUUCAAAAAGAUCCUUGCGAUUACACAUCUUCAGUACAAUUUCCAUGAUCGUCUUGAAGAUCCACUAGACUCUCUUAGAGCUGAGUAUGAUAAGCUCAAAGGGGAACUUGAAUUGGGAAAUGACAAUCCUUCGAUCAUCAAACGGCUUAAGAGUCUCUCAGUUGAUAUGUACUCUAACCACCUAAUUUCUGAUUCUGAGUUUAAGGAAAUUAUCAUUCGUCUUAUAUAA